AUGAGCGACUACUCGGGCAAGUCUCGCACCACGAGCGACCACUCGGAUUACUCGAAAUAUCAAUCGGAUUACUCGAAAUGUCGAUGGUAUAUUGUCGACGUCGACAGCACCGUCGCCCUUCCACUCAAAGUUGAAACUUUAAGAGGUCCUUGGAUGGAUGUAGAUCGAGAUCCUAGGAAGAAGGCAAAAGAGACUGCAGGAGAUGCGGUCGUCAACUAUGAAAGCUACAUCAUCAGUUCCUUACAUCUGCUCAACCUACUGUCCCACUGGCCAAGCGGAGCAUCCGUUGCCCAUUUCGCCUCCAAAGCCGUCUCGAAUGAGGCCUUUUACCAUUUAUCUAUCACCCAUCUGCUUGCCAGUCAAAUCAGGGUGACACAAAACAACUACAGAUAUGCAGUUGCUCUGUGGUCCACCCACUACUCCUGUAUUGGCAAGUUCUUUGGUGACAUUCUUGAAAAGCUAGUCUUUGAGAUCUUUGACAGAAAGCGAAGAAGACAAGCAGGUGGCCACUGGGACCGAGUCAGCUCGGACGAUAUCCGAAGGGAGCUUGGAGAUCUGGGUGCUAUCCCUCAUGCCAGCUUGCAGGAAAAUCUUACCCGUUUCGUUGUGCGGGUACAUAAGAUCCUCAAGAUGCAGGCGAGAGGAACACCCGACAAGCGCAAAAAAGCACAGAUACUCGAGGACCUUGGAUUUUCUCAAAUCACAACGACCACCGUUUGCCUUGACUUCGUGCUGUGGCAAAUUCGACACCCCGCUACUUCCCAGAAGUAUCUUCUCGAAAUCUUCGCUCUAUUCGGUAGGCAGCAUAUGCGCUUGCCGAUCGUUUUGGACGCCUACUACAGGGAGUUACCACCUUGGAUGAUUCACCAUUCCAGAGUUGUGUGCGAAGAUCAGCAGUCUGAGAGGUGGUAUCAAAUGGUAGGGGCGCUCCUGAUAGACUACAGGAAUCUCUCUCCAGACGCCAAUCUAAACCUUCAGCAUCUCAACCGUCUGUACAAGAAGUUCUAUCUAUGUCCUUUCCUGUAAUUGCAUUCUUAUGAUAAUGUAAUAAUAUCCUAUGUAGAUAGUGGCAAUCGAGGCCGAGCGUCGGCGGGAUACGCCUUUCGAACUAUCACAUGAUCUGAGCUAAUUCGGGCGGUCCACGGAAGUGAGAUUUGCCCCAGGUGAGAUACCAUACGAUCGCCAGCACUGCGAACCCGAUAUACACCGCCGCAGCAUCUGUCGAAUCAUGCAGAUGAGAAGGGCUUAGCGUAUAGAGGGGCAUCUGCGGUGAUCGAACUCGCUUACAGUUCAUGGUAUUUGCCAGGACCGGGAUAGUCGUAGGGAAGCUCAACAGCGGAAUAGCGAAGACAUACCAGGCGAUCGUGAUCCUAGAACCGACAGCGAAAAGCAUAUCAGCUCAUCUCCGAUAGACGAAACCGGAGGCUAAACCUCGUCCAGGCCGACAUACACGUUGCAGAACAUGCCGAAUC